AGAUGCAGGGCUCCAAGGCCUGGGGCCAGAGCCGCCUUCCCUUGUAACGGUGACCUCCGGGAGCUCACAUCCAGGAAGCUGUUACAUUGCAGUAGAGUCUUCUGGGAUGAAAUAUGAGGGGCUGGGAGACGGGUGUCUGGGGGCCAGAAUGAUGAACCACACCACCAGCGAGUAUUAUGACUAUGAGUAUGACCAUGAACACUACAGUGACCUUCCGGACGUGCCCGUAGACUGCCCAGCUGGCACCUGCUUCACUAGUGAUGUCUACCUGAUAGUCCUGCUUGUGCUGUAUGCAGCCGUCUUCCUGGUGGGUGUGCCAGGCAACACCCUGGUGGCGUGGGUGACCUGGAAAGAGUCCCGCCACAGGCUUGGGGCCUCUUGGUUCCUGCACCUGACCAUGGCCGACUUGCUUUGUUGUGUGUCUCUGCCCUUCCUGGCUGUGCCCAUCGCCCAAAAGGGCCACUGGCCAUACGGGGCGGCAGGCUGCUGGCUGUUGUCCUCCAUCACCAUUCUGUCUAUGUAUGCCAGUGUGCUGCUCCUGACCGGCCUCAGCGGAGACCUCUUCCUACUGGCUUUCAGGCCCUCCUGGAAGGGUGCAGAUCAUCGAACAUUUGGGGUGCGUGUGGUCCAGGCCUCCUCCUGGAUGCUGGGCCUCUUGCUGACUGUGCCUUCUGCUGUCUACCGUAGGCUGCUUCAGGAGCACUAUCCUCCCCGACUUGUGUGUGGCAUAGACUAUGGGGGAUCGGUCAGCGCCGAGGUUGCCAUCACCACUGUUCGAUUCCUCUUUGGCUUCCUGGGGCCAUUGGUGUUCAUGGCCGGUUGUCACGGCAUCCUCCAACGGCAGAUGGCCCGCCGCCAUUGGCCCCUGGGCACAGCUGUCGUGGUGGGGUUUUUCAUUUGCUGGACCCCUUAUCACGUCCUGCGGGUAAUCAUUGCAGCGGCUCCUCCGCACUCCUUGCUCCUCGCCCGGGUCCUGGAGGCGGAGCCUCUGUUUAAUGGCCUGGCCCUGGCUCACAGUGCUCUCAAUCCCAUAAUGUUUUUGUAUUUCGGAAGAAAACAACUCUGCAAGUCACUCCAGGCUGCAUGCCACUGGGCCCUGAGGGAUCCACAGGAUGAGGAAAGUGCGGUGACCAAGGUAUCCAUAUCCACCAGCCACGAAAUGGUGUCUGAGAUGCCGGUGUAGGCAAGAGGGCUUUGGAUUUCCUAGGCCAUCGCACAACUGUGCAGCUUCAAGCAUAGCUGGAUGCAGGAGCUCGGAGAUGGCUUUUGUUCUUCAUUCAAUAUUCAUUGUGCACUUGCUCGUUCAAAACCCUGAUAUAAAGGUCCCGGGCUGACAGUGGCUGGAGCCAAUUCCUUCCCCAGGAGUUAGCAGUUUACACAAGAAGACGUAUAGGAAACACUUGACGGGAUAUGGACUAUGUCAAGGUUGAGAUGUUCCAUAGAACCCAAAGAGGGUGCUGGGGAGACUGCUCGAGUGCCUGCUGUACAAACCAGGACCUGAGUUUGAGCCCCACCACCUUCACAGAGCUGUGUAUGGUGAUUCACCUCUAACCCCAGCACUGAGGGAAUAGGUGGAUCCAAGGGGUUCUCUGGACAAGUGGUCUAGCCCAAUCAACAAACCCCUGUCUCAAGAAAUAGAGUGGAGCCAGGCACGGUGGUGAUAACUUUAAUUACAGCAUUUGGGAGGUAGAGCCAGGCUAGCCUGAUCUACAUAGUGAGAUCAGGCUAGCCUGAUCUACGUAGUGAGGUCCAGAUGGAGAUUUGGGAGGUCGAGCCAGGCUAGCCUGAUCUACAUAGUGAGAUCCAGGUGGAGAGUAGCAGAUGAAGACAUCCAGUCUUAACCUUAGGGACACACACACACACACACACACACACACACACACACACACACUACACAGGGUUGGACAGCCUAGGUCAGGUAGGCUAGCACCCUGAACAACGGGUAAUGACUGAGCCAAAACCUGACUAAUGGACCUGAGCAUCCAUGCUUAAAUCUGGGGAACUAUUCCAAGCAGACAGAGCAAACACAAAGGCCUUGCUCUGGGGUAUCUCUUCCAAGAAGCCUUCCCUGACUUGCAUCCCUCCCAGAAACAAGGGUUCUUCCUAUCUUGCAAUCUCUUCAACACAAAUGCCCAGAUAAAUCCUAAGUCCCCUAAGAGUGAGAGAGGAACUCACUCUAUCUUUUAUAUUUUGGUAUUACAUUUAAUUAUUUAUUGCCUGUGUCGGAAAGCAUGGAGGGAGUAGGGGUGGGGUGGGACGAUGGUUAGAGGACAACUCUUUCCAUCAUAUGGGUCCUUGGGAUCGAACUCAGGGUGUCAGGCUUGGUUGUAAGCACCUUUACUGGCGGAGCCAUCUCACCAGCCCCAAACUCCUCCGUCUUGUCUCUUUCUCCCCUCCUCUGUCUUAGAAAGUACUGCAUUUCCUCUGUCCACACUCUGAUUGUUUUCAACUGCUCAGUGGGCCUGUUUGUGUUGCUGGUGUCUUUUUUGUUAUUUUCGAGGAUCUUUAAACUAUUUUAUUUUAUUUUUUUUUAAAAAUCAUACAGGUAUAUGCUGUACAUUGAGUAGAUCCCCACCUUACUCCAGGUUUGCAGAACUUUAACGCCUAUGGCAUACUGUGUCCAGCCAACUCUCCCCCACAGAUCCCUAGGGCCUGGCUUUGGUCUUGGUUUUCUUUUUUGAUUUUUUUUUUUUUUUUUUUUUUUGAGAUAGGGUCUCAUAGAGCCCAGGAUGGUUUUGAACUCACUAUGAAGGGGGUGACCUUCAUCAUCCCCUGAAUGCUGGGAUUAUAGUCUGUAUCACCACACGUUAGUUUAUGGGGUGCUGGUGAUCAACCUCAGGGCUUCAUGCAUGCUAGGCACAUGCUCUAUCAAUUGAGCGACAUCUGGAUUUCCUCACAGGGGGACUCUAGGAAGCUGUCCUGUUACUGAGCUCCACCCCAAACCCUCCUUGAACAAUGUAUACAUCUGUCUGUCUGAAAAGUUCAAAAAAGUUUUGGUUAAUUUACUGGACCAGAGAGCCUCUUCAGAAGGUCUUUUAAAUUUUUUCUUUCUUUCUUUUUUUUUUUUUUUUGGUUUUUUGAGACAGGGUUUCUCUGUGUAGCCCUGGCUGUCCUGGAACUCACUUUGUAGACCAGGCUGGCCUCGAACUCAGAAAUCCACCUGCCUCUGCCUCCCGAGCGUUGGGAUUAAAGGCGUGCGCCACCAUUGCCUGGCAAAAAUUUCUUUUUGAAAGUACACUUUGGUGUUGUAUGAAAGGAGAGGUUAGCACUCCCCCUUGACAAGGAUGGAAGAGGCCUUGGGCCUAACAACACACAUACGGUUAAGGCAUUGCCUAUUACCUAUUUCGUGGCAUCUAACAAAAUAAAAGAAAAAACAAAAACAACAAAAAAAAAAAGAAGAAAAGGAAAGUACACUUUGAGAGUUUCUAUUUAAUUCUUUAGUCUUAAAACAAUGAAGGAGAAAUUUCAUGAGAUCUUCCAAAUGUAUUUUCUGUGUAACUAUACAUAAAAUCUCUUGAUG